GCCUGUUCCGUGCUGCCGUGUUCUUCCCACCUUUCACGCGCGUAACUUCAUACAUUACACUGGCGACGAGUAAUUCGACUGGAGAAGAUAAAACGGCACAAUGGCACCUUAUAUUGGGACUAUGGCAGAAUUCGAUCCCGAAAAGGACGAAUUUGAAGUGUAUAUAGCACGCAUGAAGUUGUUCUUCACUGCGAAUACGGUGUCAGAGGCUAAAAAAGCUUCCGUGUUUUUGACACUAGUUGGAGGGAGGACCUACUCAGUUCUUCGUGAUUUGCUUCAUCCAGAAGAUCCCGGUGAACAGUCAUUUGACGUAUUGGCAGCUAGGCUGUUGGAACAGUACGCGCCUAAACGUAACAAAAUUGCAGAACGUUUCAAAUUUCAUAGAUGCAAGCAAUUGCCUGAUCAAACGGUCUCAGCGUAUGUUGCUCAGCUUAAGAAGUGUGCCAGUACAUGUGACUACGGGACUUUUCUAGAAGAAUCGCUUAGAGACAAGUUAAUUGAAGGUCUCAAAGAGGCAACGCUUCAACGAGAAUUGUUGAAAAAAUCCGACGUAACUUUCAAGACAGCAGUUGAAUUUGCCCUUGCUUUCGAAUUAACAGUGAAAACGUCCGAUGAAAUGCAAGGACUGAAUGUGGUAAAAAGUACUGGAAGCGACGCCAUUAAUGCAGUGUCUUCAAGCAAGAUAACUAAGGCAAACAAUCGUAAUGUGACUCGGAAACGCGGGCCUAGCGACCCGGAAUCGAAGCAACCGAAGCCAUGUUUUCGGUGCAAUGGACGAAACCACAACGCUGCAACAUGCCGAUUCAAGAAUUAUAAAUGUAAUUCGUGUGGCAAGACUGGGCACCUAGGUAAGGCCUGCCGGAACAAGGUCCAGGCAGUAGAUGCAAAGGAAGAAUCUUCGCACAUGGAGCUGUACCACAUUAACAGUGUGGGGUGCUCACCAUACGUCGUCAACGUGCAACUGAACGGCAAGCAAGUGGAAAUGCAGGUUGAUACCGGCGCAGGAGUCAGCAUCAUAUCCAGCAAGAAGUAUAACAAACUCUUCAAGGAGCCACUUAAGCCUGCACAGUGCUUACUAUCGACGUAUUCAAACAGCGUUUUGGAAGUACUUGGUAAGGUUGCUAUGGAUGUGGUUCAUGCUGGGAAGAGGUUAAAAUUGAAUAUUUUUGUGGUUCGCGGCGACGGUCCAACUUUGCUUGGUCGCGAUUGGCUUAAGCAAUUAAAGUUAGACUGGACUGCGGUAUAUAGAAUCAAUUCUUUGGAUGACAUUCUAACUAUGCCUCUGUGUUUGAUGGUAGCCUUGCGCUGGACGUUGGGGCCACUCGUAAUUCUGCAGGCCGUGGCAUCAAGCACUGAGCCCUGGCACUAG